GUCAGGAGGCGGAGCUUUUGCCUGAAGUUGAGUUCCCAGUCUGCUGUAAUUAAACUUUCUGAAACUUCGCGUCAGUCCGCUGUUGCUGCUCCGCCAGCGCACACUGCCUGCCCUCUUCACACAGACUGUUGAUCUACGAUAUAUUACUCUUAAAAAUGCACGGCCGUGACUCUCUACUGCUUUUUUUCUCUUUUAUUCUCUUUCGCAUCGGACUGAAUGCAAUAUCAGCGCAAUCGGCCAUGUACGAGACAGAUGUGGUCGUACCACAAGAGCUGCGGCCGGAUGAGGUGCACCUGCUCCAGGGAGCCUACAGGUGGAGCAGGGGUCGCAGACGACGCUCAGACCAUCAGCAGGAGGACCACCUGUUUCUACGGCUGCCUGCUUUCGGAAAAGAGCUUUACUUGCAGCUCCAGAGAGACGACUCUUUCCUCGCCGAGGGGUUUGUGACAGAGGAGAGGAGUGAGGAGGGCAGUGUUCAGCACGAGCCUGUUCUAAGGGUCAGACGGUGUUUCUAUACCGGAGCCGUUCUCAAUCAAACAGACUCUUUCGCCUCAUUGGACGCUUGCGGUGGACUGACUGGCCUGGUUCAGACUGCAGAGGAAAGACUGUUCAUCGAGCCAGUGGGCCAGGCCGCGGAUUCCUUCUCUGGCUGGGAACACCGAGUGAUCCGGGAAAAGCAUUCUUCAUCGGAUGGACCUGCUACUGCUGAAGACAGCGGCCCGAAAUUCUGCCAAACCAUCCAAGACAAGAAGAAGGAGAAAAGGGCAAAAGGAGCAGAGGAGGUGCGUGGCAGGAGGAACGCCAUCAGGCUGAGCAGAGAGUACACGGUGGAGACGGUCGUGGUGGCCGACGCUAACAUGGUGCAGUAUCACGGAGCUGAGGCCGCCCAGCGCUUCCUGCUCACCGUCAUGAACAUGGUGUAUAACAUGUUUCAACACCAGAGUUUGGGUGUGAGGAUCCACAUCCGGGUCACCAAGUUGGUUCUCCUGCACACUCGUCCAGAAAAGCUGAAGGUGGGCCACCAUGGAGAAAAAGCCCUGGAGAGCUUCUGUCACUGGCAGCAUGAGGAAUACGGCGCGCGAUACCUGGGAAACAAUCACGUUCCUGGGAGCAGAGACGAUCCUCCUCCUGUGGACGUGGCUGUGCUGGUCACCAGAACAGAUUUUUGCGUCCACAAAGAUGAGCCUUGUGACACAGUUGGAAUCGCUUAUCUGGGCGGCACCUGUAGCUCCAAGAGGAAGUGUGUGCUGGCGGAGGACAACGGACUCAACCUGGCCUUCACCAUCGCUCAUGAGCUGGGCCACAACAUGGGCAUGAGCCAUGAUGACGAUCACGCCAGCUGCAUGGGUCAUUCUCACAUCAUGUCCGGGGAAUGGGUCAAAGGUCGCAACCCCAGUGACCUCUCCUGGUCCAGCUGCAGUCAUGACGACCUAGAGAAGUUCCUCAGAUCGAAAGCAAGUGCCUGUUUGCUGCAUACCGACCCACGUAACCGCUACCUCAUCCGUCUGCCGGCCAAACUUCCCGGGAUGCACUACAGCGCUGACGAACAAUGCCAGAUCCUCUUCGGCACCAACGCUACGUUCUGCACUGAUAUGGAGCACCUGAUGUGUGCUGGUCUCUGGUGUUUGGUGGAAGGAGACACGUCAUGUAAAACCAAACUAGAUCCACCACUGGACGGCACUGAAUGUGGAGCCGACAAGUGGUGCAGGGCGGGCGAGUGUGUCAGUAAGACGCCCAUCCCGCAGCAUGUGGAUGGAGACUGGAGUCCAUGGAGCACGUGGAGCAUGUGCAGCAGAACAUGUGGCACAGGAGCGCGCUUCAGACAGAGGAAAUGCGACAACCCUCCGCCCGGUCCAGGAGGGAAGUACUGUCAGAAGACCAGCGUAGAGCACAAAGUGUGUGAAGGGCUGCCAUGUUCCAAGGGUCUGCCCACGUUUAGAGACCAGCAGUGUCAGUCUCAUGACCGGCAGGCAAGUAAGAAGAAAAGCCAGAUGUGGACAGCUGUGAUCGACGAUGAAAAGCCAUGUGCUCUGUAUUGUUCACCCAUCGGCAGUGAUGUACCGGUACUAAUGGCAGAGCGUGUGCUGGACGGAACGCCAUGUGGACCUUAUGAGAGCGACCUGUGUGUAAGCGGAAAAUGUCAGAAAAUCGGCUGUGAUGGCAUCAUCGGUUCCUCUGCAAAAGAAGACCGGUGCGGCGUCUGCAACGGCGACGGCAAAUCCUGCAGGAUCGUGAAAGGAGACUUCAACCACUCCAAAGGGAUGGUCCCUCAUAGCCUUUGUAAGAAGGUUUCUACAUGCGUGAUGUCGAAACCCAGAGCUGUUCUCAAGUGUUUCUCAUGUUACAUCGAGGCAGCUGUCAUUCCAGUGGGAGCUCGGCGAAUCAAAGUUGUGGAAGACAAACCGUCCCAUAGCUUUCUGGCUCUGAAGGACUCCAGCAAGCGAUCCAUAAACAAUGACUGGAAAAUCGAGCUGCCAGGGGAGUUUGAGCUUGCUGGCACCACGGUCCGCUACGUGAGGAGAGGACUGUGGGAAAAGAUGUCUGCCAAGGGACCCACUAAGACUCCACUCCACCUCAUGGUUCUGCUGUUCCACGAUCAGACGUACGGGAUCCAUUAUGAGUACACGGUUGCCCUGAACCAGUCGCAGGAGAACAUCAGUGAUCCGGUGAAGGAACCAGAGCACAUGUACCUGUGGACUCACAGCAGCUGGGAGGACUGUAAUGUGCACUGCGGAGGAGGGGAGAGAAGGACUGUGGUCUCGUGCAUGAGAAUAGUUAACAAGACCAUGACUCAAGUCAACGACAGCCACUGUCAGGUGGAGAACAGACCCGCGCCUCAGAUCCGCCGCUGCAACAUCCACCCCUGCCAAUACAGGUGGGUGACAGGUGAUUGGGCACAGUGUUCAGUAACCUGCGGGAAAGGCUUGCAGCAGAGGGAAGUUGGCUGCGUGUACCAGCUGCAAAAUGGCACGUACAUCCCCACCAGAGACCUGUACUGUCUGAGCUCCAAACCAGCCAGCGUACAGCACUGCGAGGGACGCCUCUGCCUCACCAUCUGGGAGGCCUCCGAAUGGUCCAAGUGUUCCUCUGAAUGCGGUCGUGGCAGCAGGAAGAGGACAGUGACCUGCACCAAUCCUCAGGGUCUCUGUGAUCCUGUGUCUCGUCCUGCAGAGGUGGAGAUGUGUGAGGAUCACUCCAAAUGUUACGAGUGGAAGACCGGCGAAUGGUCCAAGUGCUCAUCAUCCUGUGGGCGGGGCCUGCAGUCCAGAGUGGUCCAAUGCAUGCACAAAGUGACCGGUCGCCAUGGCAGUGACUGCCCAGCAGUCCUGAAGCCCACUGCGUACAGGCAGUGUCAUCUUGGGACGUGUAAUGUGAAAGUCAAUGUGAACACCAUCACCUCCCCUAGACUGGCUGCAUUGACGUACAAGUGCACGGGGGACCAGUGGGCGGUUUACUGCAGGGUGAUCCGAGAGAAGAACCUGUGCCAGGACAUGCGCUGGUACCAACGCUGCUGCCAGACCUGCAGAGACUUUUACACCAACAAAAUGCCCCCUAAGAGUUAAUGACCUCGGCACUCCCACACAUAGAGGUCUAUUUUUGCCUUCUCCAUUCGUACUGUCAAAAGUAUUGUUUUUUAUUCUUAUUAAAAAUGUUCUUACGUGAAAAAAUGAAAGCAGUGGAACAGAUAUUUCCAGUAGACUCACUCUAUGCAAGUACGUAAACGUGACCGUUUCUAACUAUGCAUAACUUUAUCACCCCCUGCACUGAGUAUGUACUUGCAGUGUGUUAGCCAAGCGUUUGCGUACUUGCAUUACGUUUGUUUCUUGUUUACGGACUUGAAGGUUUCUUGUUUUGUCAUGUUUUGCUGUAAUCCACACUUUGGUCCUGGAAGUGACUUCUUCAGCAUACUGGCCUGCCUGUUGCACUGUGGGUAAAGCUCAUGUCACCAAAAAUUGCUUUCUUAAGGCCACUGGUUGGCCAAUAACCGAUGGACUUUGUAACGACAGCUUGUUGUUUUUUUCCAGAUCCAUAGUAACGAAUCAAUCUUUUGUCUUGUUUUUAUUUCAUAUUUAGUAUUAUAAUUACCUGUGUUGUUAUAUUGGCUCUGUAACCAAAACCUAGUGAACUUCCUUAUUCCUUCAAUCAUACUUGAUUUCAGUAGAGUUUAGAAUCAGCUUGUUGCUAAGCUAACAAUGCAAUACUGUAGGAACACACAAAUAUUGGAUAACGUAGUACUUUUAUUAUACUGAACUAUUUUUGUAAAUGUUUUUAGGUGUUGAAUGGAUUUUAUACAGUAUAUAAUCAACUUUUCUGUUUCAUCCACCAAUUUAGAUGUUUUCUGAGCUUGUCGCAAUGCAUUUAUAUUUAUGCAUUUGACAGAUGCUUUUAUCCAAAGCGACUUACAUUGCAUUCAUGGUGUUCAUUGAAUCAGUUCAUGCAUUCCCUGCAAAUCGAACCCAUUAUCUGGCUGUCGCUAGCAGCAUGCAUGGUUCAGUAAUCUGUAAUUGCAUAAUCAGAGAAUAAGAUCUACCAUAAUGCAUUGCAUAAUCUAGCAUAAUCUAUUAUUGCAUGCGUGCAAUAAUAGCUUAAUCUGUUUUUGCAUGCAUGGAAUAAUAACAUAAUGUAUUAUUGCAUGCAUGCAGACAAUAAUAGAUUAUGCAGUGCCUUAUGGUAGUUGUCAAGUUCUUAUUCGCUGCAUCUUCAGAAAAAGAAGUUAUCUUAGAAGGCGGCGUAAUCAUGCUGCCUACGUUUUUGAACAGCUUUCACACCGAGAGCCUUAAAAUACUGCCUACAUAGGCAGCUCACUAGGUUUUGGAAAAGAGCUGAAGUAGCUUGUGUUAUUUAAUUCAUCAAGAGCCAUCUCGAUGCAGUCGAACAGCCAAGCUGAUAAUAGGUGACCCAUUCGAAUAGUUUUUCUCUUUAAGGUUUAUGUAUUUUAUGUCAAACUGAGGCUAAUUAGUGACUCUCUCAGAGAGGACACCGAAUUUCUCACCUUGGUUUCUCACGUGAUUAUAUUAUUUCCCACACUCUCUGUGUUUUAGAAACGUGUUGUGUUGUUUCAUAUAUUUUAACAGAGCAAGGUACAUGAUCUCCACUGCAUCGUCAAAGGACUGGUGCAUCAUUAGUUCACCCCAAAAUGAAAAAUGUCUCAUUAUUUACUCACCCUCAUGUCAUUCUGAACCAGUAUGCUUUUCUUUUGAACACUAGAAUUUUUCAGUAAUGUUGACUUUUGCACAGCGGUAUCUCCUUAGAAAUAUAGUGUGAUAUAAACUAAUGUUAAGACACUUUUAUGGUGCUUUUUUGGAGCCUGAUACCCUUAACUAACAAUGCUUUUCACAUUAUAGAAAAAAGUUGCAUUAACAUUCUCCAAAGCUUUUCUUUUUUUAUUCCUUAAUAUAAACAAAGUAAUACAGGUUUUGAAGGACAUGAGGAUAAAUAAGGGUGCGCUGUUCCUUUAAGGUGCAGUGAAACCAGGUUGCAGGCCGUUUAUGUCAGAAUCAUUUAUUAGUCUAAUGGUGCUGCAGUGCCAUAGUUAAUGCACUCAAACACACUAAGAGCUACUCUUGAGUCUUUGUGCUUGUAUAUCUGAUUCAUUUCUCAUCGGUAUGAGACAAUAAUGCCUUCAUUUAAAUGUAGUUCUCACAUUGUGCAAUUUCAUUUGACAGAAUUUUAGCACAAACAUUGCAAAUUUCAUAAUUAAGAUCUGAAUACAGUUUAUAGGAGUUUGCAAGGUACAUUACAGUCAGGAUGUGGUGAGAAAAUGUGAAAUUUUAGGUUUGUAUUACAUAAAAGCCCCCUGGCCGGGGGUGCCACUGCAUAUGUGUGCAUGAGAGACUGUUUCAAAGCCUACUGAGCUACAUAGGGAGCAUCCUAACUGACAUGAAACCUCACUACUGACCAAAUUGGCAUGCACUUCAAAGCCAGCUGAUUGAAUUUUAUGCUACUUCAGUAAAGCGUGAAAUGCAUAGUGUGCAUAUUGACCUUCACACACCUUCGAUGCCUUCAAAUGCUCACUAGGUUUUGGAACAGAGCGUGUGUGUGUGUGUGUGUGUGUGUGUGUGUGUGUGUGUGUUCGAGACCUUGGCUCCCAUCUUCCAGGUUGCACAAGGUCACAACAGGUGCUAGACAAAUUUCACUACUGUGAAAUUCAGCAGUUUCUCCACGUUUUGUUCUUGUACUUUUGUAUGUAUUUAAAUGAAACGUGUUUUUUAAUGUUUGUUAGGAUUAUUUAAUACAUAUUGUAUCUACCUGCUUCUGUCAGAACUAUUUGGUGCAAACAGCUUCAUGUUCCAGGUACAGUGAAUAUCGCUUCUGUAUUCCAGUACUGUAUGUCAGUAGUUGCACACGUGAUCGGUACUUAAACUGCCACUUUUGAUGGUGCUAAUUUGAACAUUUCAGACUGUUCAUACAAAAAAAAUAUAAUAAUAAUAAUAAAUGUAUAUCCUGUAUUAUGAG